UGGAUGAAGGGCUCUGAUGUCCCCAUCACAAAGCCUGACCAAAAGGAAGCAAAGGCUCCUUAUAAAACGGGAACAGGAGUUGCCUAUGAGUCUUCCCCCUUGAUGGAAGGGAGGUGGAGAGUUUCCCAGCCUGCAGGGGGAAAGGAGAGGGAGAGUACAUACCUGAUCCAGUGUGAAGCAAAGGACCCAUAUAAAACGGGAAUAGGAGCUGGCUACGAGUCUUCCCCCUUGAUGGAAGGGAGGUGGAGAGUUUCCUGGCCUGUAGAGGGGUUGAUAGUUGUUGUGCUGUGAUGUUGCAGUUGCUGCUUCGAGUACAGGAGAUGGUGGGAUGAGAUUUUUAUUAGUUAGAUGGAGUGAAUUUCUCAUAAUGCCCUUGCUAGUGAAUAGUUGCUAAGCUAGGAUGAUAUGCUAACCUUUGAUUCAUAAGAUUUUUGUAAGGGAUCUACUUAAUUCCCAGCCUUGUCUUGACUGUGAUCACUAUAGGAAAUAUGGGUUUUAACGACGCUUUUUUGUCAACGCUUGUUCCAAGCGUCGGCAAUUUUCCAACUACCGCCAAAAAUAGCCGACGCUUGUAAAAAGCGUCGGCUAAUUACGACGCUUAUUAGCGUCGUCGUAGAGUUGGGAUAAGACGACGCUUAUAUGCGUCGUUGAAAACCAAAUCUCAUCAAAUCCUGGUGCCGCCCCCCUUCUCCCUCUAUCCUCGAUCGAUCAAGCCCUAAUAGAGCUAGCCGACCCUUGUCCCCUCCUCCUCCCUCGUCUCUGGCGCCGACCCUUGUCUCGUCCUCCCUCCUCCCUCCUUUUCCUCCCCCCAAAAGCUCGGGUCCGAGUCUUGGCCAUGGCCGGCGAUCGAAGAGCUCUUCCAGUUCGUUGCCUCUUCUUCUUCUGAAUCUCGUCUCUGCUCUCGAUCUCGCUCGCUUACAGGCUGGGAGACAUCGUGCUAAUGAGCAAGGCGGGCCAGUGCCACGGGGUAAAAACUCGAACUGAAACCCUCGUUUUAUCUGGAUCCGUUCUUGAUCCACUUCGAUCUGAUGUACUUUGGGAAAUCUCAGUCAAGAACUGUCUGGAAUGAUGUUAUUGGCCGCCACUGCCCUAUUUUUGCUGUUAAUCGGGAGGGUAAGAUCUUUGGUUUUGUUCUAGGGUUUUCCGCCCUCAUGAUUUGUUCUUUAUUUGUUUGUUUUUCUUUUGACUUUGUGCACAGGUUUUUAUUCCGAUACCAAAACCUACUGGUUUCACUGGUGCCGAUCCUUACAAGAUAGCUACUUGAUCUUCACUCUUUGAGGAGUUGACUAAAAUGGCUGCGGGAAGAGCCAUCCACCAGCUUUUGAGGAAGAGACCUCAAUUUCAAUCAACUGUAAGCAUCCCAUCUGCCUCCCCAUUCCCUUCCUCCACCCAGGCCCUGUUUUUGCUUCGAUCUUAUGUGUGCAAGCAAGAUCAAGAAAGUGUUGGAUCUACUGCUGUGAAAUCACUAAGAGCAUUGGCAUUCCUUGGAGCAGGUGUUUCUGGUAUAUUGAGCCUGGCUACUUUGGCAUCUGCUGAUGAAGCUGAGCAUGGCCUACCAUGUCCAAUCUAUCCUUGGCCUCACAAAGGCAUUCUUAGUUCCUAUGACCACGCAUCAAUUCGGCGCGGUCACCAAGUUUACCAACAAGUUUGUGCUUCUUGCCAUUCAAUGUCUCUGAUUUCAUAUCGAGAUCUUGUUGGUGUAGCAUACACUGAAGAGGAGACAAAGGCUAUGGCAGCUGUGGUUGAGGUGGUUGAUGGGCCAAAUGAUGAAGGUGAAAUGUUCACACGUCCUGGUAAAUUAAGCGAUCGUUUCCCUCAGCCAUAUCCAAAUGAACAAGCAGCAAUAUUUGCCAAUGGAGGAGCAUAUCCUCCAGACUUGAGCAUUAUCACUAAGGCACGACACAAUGGCCAAAACUAUGUUUUUGCCCUACUCACAGGAUAUCGUGAUCCUCCUGUAGGUGUUUUGAUUCUUGAUACUUCAAAUGCUCGUAGAGAUGAUGAUGAUGGAGCUGAAUCCCGUCCCUGAUACUUUGUAGAUUGUUUUUUAUGGAGUUUGAUAUGUAAAAGUACAUUGUAAUUCAUAACUUUUUAUGUAAAUUUAUAUUUCGAAUGAUCUAAAUAUUUGUGUUAAUAUCAAUGUAAUUUGAAUGUUUGGUUCAUAUUGUAUAAUGUGUGUUU